AGCUGGUGUGAACGAGCCCAAGCGACAAAUAAAGACGAUGGAUUUCGACGUAGAGAAGAACGACUACAGCGUGCCCGAGUUCUACGAGCGAUUUGGCAAGGAGCUGCCUCAAGUGAUCAUGAUAAGUCAAGGAUUCUUUGGAGACAUCGUAGAAGACACGUUCGAUAGAGAAAGUAUUAUUCGCAUCCAGACGUUAUCUAAGCAACCUCGCGUGGUCGCCAGGGUCGACAUGGGAGAUCGCUCUAAACUGAUCAGCAUCCCGCUUACAUACUCUGAAAAAGUCUGUGUCGUCAAAAAACACAAAUUGAGCAAAGAGAAAACCAUAAAGGAGGUCAUCGAACAUCAUAGCCUACCAUGUGUCGUGGAGUUCCCCAAGGACAGAACCAUCAGCGUGGGUGGUCAGAACAUCAGCACCAACCAAAUCCCGAAAUUGCAGCUUCAAAAAGCUUUUGAUGAAAUGUACCUGCUUGGAAACUUCAUUGCCGAUGGUGUCAUGGGACCAGACGUGGUGAACGUGCCCCUGUACCUGUCUCAACUUCGCAUGGCGCGCGUGAUUGGCCUUAAGAACGCGCCUCCUCAGAAAUGGCGAGGUUAUCUUGAGGAAUUGGAGCACUUCAGUUCCUAUCUGAAAUACGACAAAGAGUACGGAAAUCAAGGAAUUGCCCAAUACGACCUAUCAGCGGUUCAUUCUGACGCCGUCUACUCAUUUGUUGAACCGCAGACAUACUCAAACAUAAUCUCGGUGUUCCAACAUCGUCGUGGGAAUGUCGUAGAUAACCCAAACUACCAGCUGACCGACGUGAACCAGUGUGAAGACACCAAGUACGAAGAAAUCGGAAUGGAACGCGAGUUGAAAUCAACAGGUUCAGAAAAUCGUUCUUUCCAAGAAUCGAAUUACAGUCCGCUUAUCGACAGAAACACAAAGGUUCCCCCACCUGUCGCGAUCAAGCCCCAUAGGGCAACUCCGCAGAUUCCAAAGAUUCAAGGCAGUCCGAAGCUUCCCGCGCGCCAACCAAGGCCUCUUUCACAGAUGCUCAGUCCUACCCUCAAACAUGAUGCCAUCUACACGAAUGAUGUUCCCCGCACGUCCAUUCGCCCCUUCCAACCGGAACUCAAAGAAGCUAUUGAACUUAAGCAGGAACGCUCAUUAGAAUACGAUCAGCAAAGAAACACUUUGGAAUCGCCAAAUCAGCCAGACGUGGUUGAUAAACCGUUACCAACGGUUAACGACAGCCUUGAUGUAAUCAAACUGUCAAUAAACGAUGUAUGUGGUUACCUUAAAGUGCUGAAUCUUGAUAAAUAUGAGCCCAAAUUUCGGCAAGAAAUGAUUGACGGGGCGCUGAUGGCCGCUCUGUCCAAAGAAGAUUUUGAAAAAGAGUUUGGUAUGAAUGGGCUUGAAGCGGUGAGAAUAUUUAAGUUCUCCAAAGAAGGUCAUUUGCCAAGGUAAACAACAGAGGCUGUAAGUCGUUUGAGUCUUUUAGAAAAAACUAAAUCUACAGUAGAGCACUAGUGCUUCCAAUGUUUUUAACGCACUAUUUACGUAAAAUUAUACUCUGUUUACGUUUGAAAUUAACGUAUAUCAUAGUAUUUCCUCAUUAGUGGUGUAACUUGUUUCGAUCAUUAAAGACGAAAAAUGCAUUUUAUGUUUCGUACUCUUUGACAUGUAAAUUAAAACUUAUGUGAUGAUGAGUUUUUGUUAUUUGUAAAAUCAUAUUAC